GAAGCUCCGGCUGAGCUUACAGGAUCCUCAAAUACGUUUAACGAGAUUUUAUUUAAGCCGUGUAACCGAGUCGCGGCUAAUAGAAUCGGAAUGGACAGAGCUUUAAAUGUUACAAGCACUUUCACACGACAAGACGGAUUACCCCCUCAGAGACAGACACCGGUGAGUAGUCAAGAAAUUGCACCAUCACGCGGACCUCGGCCCAAAGAAGUUCCCAUGCUGGAGUUGGAGAGACUGGGAGACAGGGAAGUGGAGGAUGGUGCUUUUAUAACAGUAGCCGUAAAUCCAUCAAUUCUGCUGUCAGCCAUGAGCUGGGGUACAGCAGCUUCAGCACACCAAUCUCAGCAACAGAAUAUGUCAGAAAGAAAUGCCGCACUGUUUGGGUAUCAGUCACCACAGUCCAGCUGCAGAGGCCAGCCACUGAGCAGACCACCUAGCAAUCACAAACCAAACAUGGAGACCCAGUACUCUGAUGAGCUCAGCCAAACCCAGACUAACAUCCACACUAGAAGCAGGAAACUGGAGGCAGAGGGUCUAAGUGUGGAGAAGAGAAAACAAGCCGUGAUUGAACAGAUGAUGGUGGACCAGCUCUCCAGGGCUGUCAUCAGUGACCCAGAGCAGAACACUGCUAACCAGUUUGAUGUUUCAGCACGCCAUAGACGGACUCUCCAUCAUACCAUGGUGAAAACUCAGAAAUCUUUAACAGAGAACCUCUUAUCCCACAAACUCUGUUUUCAUGCCAGAAUUUUAUCAAGAUGUGGACGUGAGGCGUGUCGAGAGCUCACUGGGUUUUUCUUUACAUGUGAUCACACCCUGACAGUGUAUGAGUAUCGCAGCUUUGGAAAAAACAGGUGCAGUGCAUUGCCUUUUAUUGCUCGAGGUGUCUACAGGACCCGAGGGCGGCCUUACUGUCUAGCAGAUCUCUCACAGGGUGCGGAUCUGCGGUUCAGCACAGAUAUGCCACAUCUGCCCGAAAGCCUGAAACAGUGGCCAUAUCUGACCCUGAGAGUUACAGAUGUGGAUGAGGAGACCAAGAGGACACUACUGGCCCAGUCUGGAGAAAGGGAAUAUUGUCUUUCUGAGGAAGAAAGCAAUGAUCAGAAGACCUUAAGGGCAGUUCAAGUGGCUGUACGUGAUAGACUGAGGGGUCGUGCUAUCUCAACUCUGAUUAGUCUUGGGAGAAGACUGAAGAGUUUAGACCUAAAGAACAAGGGUCUCAUUGGCAAAGAUGAGCUCAGGGAGUGUCUGAUGGAGGAACUGAGUCUUAGCAAGCAGGACUAUGAUGCUGUAUGGAGGACUGUGGGCCAGCAGGGAGGGCCAUUGGUGGACUAUGCUGAGAUGAUGCGUGCUGUUACCGGGGAGAUGAGUGAGAUCAGAAAAGCCAUUUUUAUAAAGGUUUAUGUGAAACUUGACCCAAAUAAAACUGGCUAUAUUUCUCUGAUUGAUAUUGAGAAAUUCUACUCGGCCAAAGUGAACCUGCAUUUGGAGCAUGACAUGAAAAUAGACAUCCUGACUUGUAUGCGAGACCCAGGAAGGGUCACUAAAGAUGUCUCUUAUGCUGAAUUUGAGGACUAUUAUCAAGGACUGAGCAUUGAAAUCUCCAAUGACCAGGAGUACAUCAACAUUCUGAAGAGCACAUGGGGCAUCUGACUUGUGUGACCUGUGAGUGUGUAGAAAGGAAAGAUGACUAGCCUGGUUACCAUGAAUAAAACAGUGAAGAGGACGAAAAUGCUGUUGCAGGUACGUUCCCAUCUUGCAUAAUUAAACAUCUUCCCAGACUGACAAAGAGGAACACAGACCAGUUAAAUCAGUUAACCCCCUAAACUGGAAGCCUGUUAAUUGAUCUUAAAUGUUAUUAUUUCUAUGUAGCUGACAGUGGGGCCUAAAAGGCUAUAAUUUUUGUUAAAUAAAAUAAUCAUGCUUUUAUUGAAACUUUGCAAGUUUUGUUUUACUACUCUUAUUGUUGAGUUUUGCUUGGGAACAAAAUGUUUAUUUCCUGAACGACCCAACAAAAAUGGUCCAGCCAGGAUUUUCUUUUCAUUGUAUCUAGGA